AUGAGUGGUCUGGAUCGAAUGAAUAAUUUUCGUGCAAAUUUUGUGGAUCGAAUGGUUGGCGACAAGGCGGAGUGCAGCCGAUUCCAGAUUGAGGAGCAGAUCCUCAGCGAGGAUGCGGAUGUUGAUUUGGCGAAGCUGGCACAAUUUGCCUUCAAACAUAAUGUCCCCAAAAUCCACCGUGUGCCCGUCUGGAAGUUGUUGCUAAGGGUGUCUUCCACGUCGCCGGAAGUGAGGAAGAGGGUUGCGGAACAUCGAACUCAAGAGCAGUCUGAUAAUGUUGAGGAGCCCAAUUCGGAAUACCAUCCGACGUCUCUCGAUAUUGCACAUAUGGUUGAGCUAGCAAAUGGCUUUUCAUCGUUUAUGAGUGAUCGCCACAGUUCAGAUUUGGACUUCCGAGCACGACUGGCGAUUGCGAGACGUAUGUCACUGAUGUGUGAAUCGAAUUGGGUGGAUGCUUAUUGGCUUACGAAAGCUUUCGAUGAUAUUCUGUCGCAUAUUUUCACUCCCAGUGUUUUGCCAGAGGUUAGAGUUAGUAUUUAA